AUGUCGAGUCCUCCUAUAGACGAAAAGAUGAAAGUAUUUUCCUAUGUGGGAAAGAUGUUGGAACAACUUUGUAGUCCUUCUCUUUGUCGUUCUACUUGGUCUCAUCUAGCCACUGUUUCCAGCAUGUCCACUGUUGAGAUGGAGGUUUUUUCCAACACCCAACUUGUCGUUCUCACAAUUCUUAUGGUUAUCGGUGGUGAGGUGUUCAUUUCUAUGGUAAUUGUCUAUCUUCGUCGGCUUUUUUUAAAAGAAUCUAGUAAUGAUGGUUGUAACGUAGAUCCCCCUAUGUGUUACCUCAACACUCAAUCUAUUUGUUUGGAUAAUAUAGAGCUCCAUAAAAUAGUCAUCCGUGAAUCUGGAAGUUCAAAAUCUGACACUUUUAACUGUGAAAUUGUCUCUACAAAUGAUGUCGAUAUGGAGGAUUUAAAGUACAAAUCUUUCAAGUUUUUGGGUCUUGUAGUAUUCUUUUACUUGGUAUUUGUCCAAAUUUUGGGUGUGGUUUGA